AUGGCGUUUCCUCUCUGUGAUCCUUCAGAUUUUCACAUCCUCGCAUUUUACUAUGUGCUGAACCUUGGCCAGGCUGAGCUGCCUGAGUACAGUUUGGUGGUGAUGCUAGAUGACCAUCAUAUAGUCUAUUUCGACAGCACCCUGGAGUGGUGUGUACCCAGACAGCAAUGGAUGGCACAGUCCUUCCCAAAGGAUCACUGGAUUAUGAUGACUAUCACCAUGGCAGGAUUACAUGGUCUCGUCAAAGGAAACAUUGAGAUAUUUUACCAACAACACCGCGGAGGUUCUGGCCUGUUCUUUGUCCAGGGAAUGUGUGGCUGUCAAUUGCACAGUGAUAAUUCCACCGAUGGGUUUAUAAAGCUGGGGUACAACGGGCAAGACGCAUUUGUUUUCGAUAAGGAUGCAAUGAGUUGGAUCGCAUUCAAUCCAGAGUUCCAGGCUUUAGCAGACCGGUUGAAUCUCCACAGCUUCAUGAAUAAAUACUUCAAGACUCUGUUGGAAAAGGACUGUGUGAAAUGGCUGCAGAUAUACCUUGAAUUUGGACAGGCAGCACUGCAGAGGAGAGUCACCCCUGAGGUGUUCAUUAGCAGCAGGACUGAUGGCGAGCGAGUGCUGAAACUCUCCUGCCUUGUGACAGGCUUUUAUCCUGGGGCUAUCGAGGUGACGUGGCUAAGGAACGGAGUGGUGGUCCUUGAAGUUGAAUCCAGUGAUGUGCUCCCCCACCAGGAUGAAACGUAUCGGGUGACAAAGACAAUGGAGGUCAGUCGAGAUGAUGGGGAGAGGUACUCCUGCCAUAUUGAGCAUGUCAGCCUCAUGUGGGAGCUCGAUGUACCCUGGGAGCGAAUGUCACAUGGAGGCAUUAAAUUGGAAACAGUGAUUCGAGCAACAGCUAUCUCGCUCACUCUUCUUGUGGUCAUCAUUGGAAUUGGUUUCUGGGGGAAGAGAUGGGGUGAUCAACCUGACAGUGACAAGCAGGUGCACUCGGAGAGCACCAGAGACUGUCAGAGAGCAGAAGAGCCAAAUGGAUAA